UUGAAAGCAUCAUGUUUUAUCUAAUAAUAUUAAUGUUGACUAUUAAAUAUUUGCAUUGUUCUUCCGUAAUGGAUAUGACAACGAGUUCAUUUGGUAGAAGUAACAAUGGUUUCAUCGCUGCAUUUGGUGACUUUAAUUCUGACGAGCUAACUGACGCUUUUAUAAUAAAUGGUUCUAAUGUCGAAGUGCUCUUGGCUCACGAUAAGGAACCCUUCUUGCGACCAUCAUCUUUUGUUUGUUCUUUUAAAGACAUCGUGAUAACAAGUAUAGUACCAGGUGACUAUGAUGGAGAUGCGUACAUGGACAUACUCUUUACGACACAAAUUCAAAAUGCUACGUCUAAUUCACAUGACGUACGAAUAUUGUGGGGAGGUGCACCCACCUUGAAUUGUUCAGAUGCUCUUAUUAUCAAAGCUACAGCAAUAGGCCAGCCAUUAGUAUUAGAUUAUAAUCGUGAUAUGAUAUUAGAUUUGUUUGGCAUCAAUUCUAAAAUGGAAAGGGUAUUUUGGGUAUUUGACAAAACUAGAAUUAAUCCAAUUGAAAUUCCAAUGAGUAAAGAUUUGCUUAAAGAAAUAAAACUCCCGCACUCCCACUCAUUUUUGGAUGUAAAUGAUGAUAAUGCUGCUGAUCUGUUAGUCACAACUAAGCUGGAUAUUGAAGUCUGGUUUAAUGAAGAAGUGGGUGGAUUUACAUACAACCACAGUAUUGAGUUACUGGUUGGACAUCCUGCAAUAUAUGGCCAGGCUUUGUUCACUGAUGUUGCUUUAUCAGGACAAUUCUAUGUAGUAAUACCCGUUUGCUAUGAUGUAGAAUGUUUUAAUAGCACUAUACUAAUUUAUGACAACCAACAAUGGCAUGAUCUUCAAGUAGAUUUUAAUGAUGGCAAGGGGACUUUGUGGCGAUUCACUCCUCCUCGAGAUGAAAUAUACUUGGACACUAUAACAAUGAGAAGUGGUGAUUACAAUAUGGAUGGGUAUCCAGACCUUCUGAUGACCUUGAGUCCAGUGAACAGCAAUGAAACUGCAGUUUUUUUGUUGCACAAUGUACCUUGCACCUCUGUGGGUUGUAAAUUUUCUAGAACCUUUCAAGUGCAGUGGGAUAAAUUUGAUACAUUUGGUAGAAAUGUUGUGAUGGCUACAUUUUACGAUUUUUAUAUGGAUGGUGUUCUUGAUAUUAUAUAUAUUAAAAAGAAUACAACUUUGCAGUCAUAUACAAUGAAUGCAUUCAAAAAUGAAUUGGAAUAUGAUACUAAUUUUAUAAAGGUUAUUGUUGUUACUGGGCUUAGUAAUAAAAAUAUACCCAUUAUUAAUGGAACCUUGUACAAUAGGAAAGUAACUUUUGGAACAAAUUUGCCAGGACCCAAAAUUGGCUAUAACACUUGGUCUCAAGAAGGUACCUACAGGACAGGAGUGUGUGCACAACUUUCACAGUCUGCUUAUUUUGCAUUGCAAUUGCCAUACUCUAUAUUUGGACUGGAUAGGACACCAAAUUUUGUAGACACACUUAACGUUGGUCUAUCUGGAUACUCCAGAAGCUGGACUCAAAUAAUACCUAACUCACAAAUAGUUGUUAUUCCCGCACCACCAAAUGAUCCAUCACAAUGGCGUGCACAACUAUUUGUUACGCCCAGUAAAGUUAUAUUGAAAAGUGUUUUUGUAUUAACUGCUAUUAUUGUUAUUAUAACAGCUUGUGUUUUAUAUUUACAUUGGAAAGAAAGAAAUGAUAGACAAGAUAUUAUAGAAAUUGAUGAAAAGACAUAUGUUAAGAUUUAGAUGUUCAUCAUUUUUUUUUUAAUGUGAUAUUAAUUAUUGUGAU